UAAUGAAAUAAGAUAGGAAUUUUUCAAUGUCUGGAAGAAGUACAUCUCCACAACUUAAAAUCUAAAAGACUCAAAAGUUAAAUAAAAACCUUUUUUCACAAUCAUCAUCAUGCAAAACUAACUCAAAAUCAUAAGAAAAGUAACAUCUUUAACCAAAAGAAAAAGAAAGAAAAAUACUUAAUUUCAUUAAAGAACUUGAAGUUUAAUAACAAAAGGAGAUAAUAAAUUAGAAAUUAAUCCACCUCUACCUAAAGGAUGCCUAACAAUUAUGUAUUUAAUUAUAGUUCUAUUUUAGUACUUAUUAAUGAAGAUCAAGAUUAUUCAGAAUUAAGAAGAUAAUCACAUUAUCACUAAAAUUAUCACUAAAACUUUUCAUCAUCAAUGAUAAGUGAAUAUGUCUACCUUGGAAAUAGUCUUUCAAACUAAAAGAUCUCAUAUUAAUUGAGAGCCAAGAUGAUUAAUUGGAUGAUUGGAGUUUUAGGAAAUUAUAGUGAAACUACUUCUGAUGCUACAUUCUUCAGAUCUAUUUCUAUUAUGGAUUAUUACCUCUAAAAAACCAUAUUCCAAUAUACUGAUAAUCAACUUCAUCUUAUUGGUAUCACUUCCAUGUUUAUAGCUACUAAACUUGAAGAUAUUUAUCAAAUUCCUUUAUAAGAUUUUGUAACUAGAAUUUGUCACAAUGAAUAUUCAAUGUAUAAUUUAUAUUUAUUUCUAGAUCAAAAAUCAAAGAAAUGGAAUAAACAAUAUUAGAAACUUUGAAUUUUGAGAUCACAUUUCCAACAGCAUUAGAUUUUUUGAAAAAUAUCUUUUACUAAUGUUUUAGUUUGAAUGAUAAGUAAUUAUAAUUAAUUAUAAAUUUAGUCCUUAUUUAUAAAAUAUUUUAGAUGCCAGUAUUUAUAUUUUGAAAAUGUGUCUACAUGACUAUUCUAUGACAUCCUUCAAUUUAUAUACUUUAGCAUCUUCAUCACUUAUUUAUUCCAUCACUGAUUUUGUCAACGAAAACUAUUUAAAUAAUCAAUAAAUCAUCAUUAAUUAAUUUGUAAUUUAUUUAUACUAUCCAUUUAGUAAAAUAAAAUAUUGUAAAUCUUUUAAAAUGAUUAAAUCGAGCUUAAUUUAUGUUAAAAAAAAUUAUAGGAUUUGAUAGGUACUUUUCAAUUUAAAUAUCCUAAACUCCACAAUUUAAGAAUUUUUUCAUGAUUUAACAUAUUUAAUCAUUAAAUUUUUUAUAUUUUAAGUUAUGCAAUCAAUAUAACCAGAAAUUAUGAGAAAUUUUGAUUUUUAUAAUAAAGCAACUUGGCAAGAAGUAAAACCAUAAAUAAGAACAUUUAUUGAGUAAUUUUAAAAAUAAUAAGAAAUCUCAAUUCAAAAUAUUGAACAAUUCUAUUAAAAUUUAGAGUAUGAUCAUUCUUUUAUUCAAUGGCUGUUCCCUAACUUUUAUUCAAGUAGAUUUAAUUCAAAUUGUUAUAAAUUAACACUCAUAGAAAGAUAAUAAAUGAUUAAAUCAGAAACAAUACUUAAGAGAUAUUAUAAAAAUUACAUAAUGAUUUUACGCUUUUUUGGUAUUGGAUUAAAAUAAAUGGUAAUUAUGGAUACACAAAAUGAUGAUUCUAUUAAGUGUUAUAAUAUUAAUUAGUAGUCUUAAUCAUAAAAAUAAAAUAUAAAAAUUUAAGAAUCUAAAGAUACCUAAGAAAAAAAUAAUUAGAUUAAUUCUAAAAUAUUUCCAUAAAAGACUAUUAAUGAAUAAAUUGAGAUAUAAUAAUAGUUAAAAUAAAAAUCUUAAUAACAUAUUAGAGGUAUUAAUUAAUUAUAAUAAUUACAAUAAUAAUUUUAAUAAUCAAAAGAUACAAAUACUUUGAAUAAUAUUUAAAUCAAAAAUAAUAAUAAGAGUACAGAUUAAACUGAAAUUAAUUAUAAAUUAGAAUUAGUAUUAAUUGAUAAGAAUUAAUUUGAACUAUGUUGUUUAAAAAAUACUCAUAAUUUAUUAAGAUUAAAAAGAAUACUUGCAUCUAUAAGUGUAUUAAAACAUAGAAAGGAUGCAAUUCAAUUAUGUUAAUUUUUAAAAAGAGAGUUAACAAAUUUAGGUAAGUUUAAAAUAUAUGAAGAGUAUUUUAGUGGAUAUGAUAGAUAUUAUGAGGAAAUAUUGGUUAUGGAGUCUAAUAAAGAUAAAAAUAGAAAUUUUGAUUCAUAUAAGUUUUGUUAUGUAGAUAAGGAUUUAGUGGAAAAGAUCGACAUUUCAUUAAUUUAAUGA